AUGACGACUCCCGAGGACGCAUUCCACCUACUCGCCGACCUUUUCACUUCAAGAGGUAACGAGGUCCUAGACAUUGACAUCAUCCCCUCAACUCUAGAAUCGCCAUUCAUAAAACAUGGCACCUCGAUCGGAGUCACCAAGAAAUACCUGGUGCAGGCCUUUACAGUCGCCCGACAGCUCUUCAUCAAGCGUUUGAUGCCCAUGACCUCGAACGACUUCGACGCAGAGGUUUCGAAUUCGAACCAGAGCACCGAAUCAAAGGUGCCGAAGCAUAUAAUCACAGAGAUCAUGUUACUAUUUGAUUCUGAACAUCUCACUGCGUGCAACUGGCGCAAGAAAUGGCUGCUGGCAGCUAUCUCGCGCUACAAUGAGACCAACCAGGCUACCUCUUCAUCGGAAAAGAUGUUGGAGACCGAGCUCACACUCAUGCAAACAUAUCAAGGUUCGCCAUUAAGUCGACAUACCAAAUCUCCCACCCUUUGGUCUCACCGGUUAUGGGUGCUAGAUGUCUUGACUAGGAUGCGCAGGCCUACGAUAUCGACUCUGUUAAAUCUCGAACGGGCAGAGCUCGAUAUUGUGCUUCGUGCGGGGAUGUUACAUCCAAAGAACUUUUAUGCUUUUACAUAUAUGCGGAAGCUGCAUUCGUAUAUUGCAGAUGUCAGCAAAGACCAAGGCAAUGCGGGCCAGAUGGAUCGCGCAGCGGCGAGUUUGGUGGACCCGACGCUGACAUGGUGUCUGUCUCACCCGCGGGAUAUAUCCGGCUGGAUGUUCGCAAUGUACUUGCUAGAUCAGAGUGAAGAUGCAGAUCUUCGUUCCGGCACAGUGAGACGGGUUCUUCAAUUCGCGCUGAAGAUUGGGUGGGAAGGGGAGAGUCUGUGGACGUUUAUUGAUCAGGCGACUCGACAAUUCGGUCUGGAGUCUGUGAUUAGUGAGACUUUCUCCGAUGAAUCGGACAAGAUCAUGUCCGAUGAAACAAGGCCCUCGCGGUCUUUGCCAAAAUGGCCAUGGCGCAACCGACUCUCACAAGCACAAGCAUACUGGGCAGCAGCAGCAUCUGGCGCAAGAGAUGAUCAACCCUGA